AUGAAUUCACCGGUUACUUUGAGUGAAAGUGUGACCCCUUUCUCGCCAUUUAGUGGUUCUUCGGGUGAUUCCCAAGACAUUGAGGUGAGGGUCGCUGUGGAGCCGGGAAGACACGACUGUUUCUACCAAGAAGUCAAACGCGACCACAACCUCGACCUCUCCUACCAAGUGAUUGAGAUAUCGCAACGAUUUGGUUGGAUAUACACCCCCUCCCACUCCUCAGACCUGACCAUCGACUUCAUUGUCAAAGACCCCAAUGGUGUGGAAGUGUUCCGCGAAAUGCGCCGAAAAGAGGGACAACACGUCUAUAAAGCGCCGGAACAAGGAGUUUAUGCCGUUUGUUUGGACAACAGUUUCAGUAGUGUAUCGGCAAAAGUGGUCAAUUUGGAGGUUUAUGUCUACUCUAACGCCGACGACAACGACCGCUGGGGUCUCGAAGGAGACUUUACUUUUCCGCCUGAAGUCCAGUAUUUAGAUUCUGUUGAAUCAAUUAAAACCUCAAUAAACAAAGUGAGGGAUGACUUAAUUCGCGUGUCUCACGAACAAGAGAUCCGACGAGCGGUGGAGACGCGCGACCGGAAUAUCGCGGAAUCCAAUUACGAUUACGUGAACCGAUUCUCAAUGGUGUCAAUCGGUGUGAUGUUUAGCGUCGGUUUAGUGCAGAUAUAUUUAAUUCGUAGUCUUUUUGAAAACAAAAGUUAUAUCAAAAAGUUAUUCAGAGCCUAUUAGGAGAUAAUGUGAACAUAACUAUUGAAAAGUUAUUUAAAGCUAAUCUAAAUUAAUUCCAAUUUUAACUCAACAUUUAACUAAAACAAACACUAAAAGUAAAGCCAUAUCGAAGUGAAUUGACAAACACUAGUCAUAUAAUAAGGUCAUAAUCAAAGCCAAACACUUAUGCCCGAACCAGUUGUGCCUUUUCAGUGAACGGCUGCUCAUUAACUGUAUUCAAACUCUAGUUUAAAUUAGAUUUUAUAUAUUUUUUCAUUAUUUUUAAUAUAAUUUUUCAAUUUUAAAGUACAAUAAAAAACAAAAUGAAAUAAAAGA